AAGGAUGCACAGAGGUCACCGUAAACGCUUCUCUGAAAUCUGAUGUCUUUCUCCCAUGUCAUUUUAAUAUAAGCCAUCUCAAUGAAACCAAGGAAGUGGAGUGGAGACACUAUUCCAGUCUUGUAAGGAUCAUGAUUAAUGGGAGAAUCUUCUUUGACAGUCGUACUGAAGGACGAGUGAAUGUUUUUCCACUUCUAUCUAAACAUGGAAACUUCUCCAUCCUCAUCCAUGAUCUGCAGUCUUCAGACCUCGGCACCUACGAUUGUAAGCUCAACAGUGAAUGCUGGAUGGUGAAGAUCACUGAACGUCUGCACAGUAAGAUUAGAGAAAUCAAUGAGACAAACCCCUGGAUCUACUUUGCAGCUGGAGCUGGAUUGUUUACUCUCCUUUUUAUUGCAUUCACCCUGUUAUCAAUAUUCUAUGGAAAGUGUGUGAAUACAUCAUCCAAAUCUGAUCUCAGUAAUGGCGUACAGAGUGAAGGUACUUCCCCCAAAGAAACACAGAAUACAGAAAGCAGUGGACAUGGAGACAUGAGGGGUGUGAGGAGGAACCCCAUAACUGUUUAUGAAAAUGACAUACAUGCUCCAAAUCCAAGUUCUGCUGCACGGCAGGGGCAACAUCCUCAGAGAGCAUUCAGAGCUGCUCCUGAGCCAACUACAAGUCAUCCUUCAAAUGAGAAACCAUAUUAUGGUAAGACAAUAUUUGUGCUUGGAAAACAGAUUCGCUGUAUGUGCUACAACUGAAGUAAACCAAAAAUUUGUUUGAAACAUUUCAGUCAACCAGGCGGAGCUCUCCAUUCCAGCGAAUGCUGGCAAAAAACGAAGAAGAAAAAAACAAAAUUAUCAGUUUAAAAAUCCAAUAUACAGUGACUGACGUGAUCAGAAGUCAACGACAGAAUCCAGUUCCACAGAAUCCAGAAUUUCAGACGGUUCAAUAUCUCAAUAAAUGCUGAUGUUUAACAUAGCUCAUGGAAAUCACAAUCAUUUUAUUAAAAUAAAAUCUGUUAAGUGAAAUACACA